GGUGUUUAACGCAUACUGUAGCUGUGGCAAGUUUAGAAAUGCCAGUGUUUAUCGUAGGCUAUUUAAAUAACAUUAGCUAGCAAGCUAGCUAACGUCAGCUAUCCAUAGCUAAUUUGCUUGCAGCUAGUCAGAGUGCUAAUUAGCGUGUUUCCCGCUAGCCAGCUAGCUACUUAAAUGAGGAAAUGGGUUUGUUACCAAAGAUACAUUUUGUAUUUCUGGUGUUUAUUAUCAGCAUUAUCUUACUUUCUGUGAAUACAUAACAUCUAUUUGAACUUGGCUUCUCAACUGAAUUUACUUACGCGAGUGUGCUAGCUACAAGAUAUGUGAAGUCAGCACCAUUUUUAGCUGGCAGUGACAUGUCAACUGUCAUAGAACAGAACAAUGCCGUUGUUGGGAUAUUUCCUUCAUACUGCCGGCAUUUCGCAGUUAUUUUCACGAUUUCAUGAUGUAUUGUUAGGAUGUGUCCGCUUAUAAAGGAAACAUCUAUGGACCGAGUCAAACAAUUGGGGUGGAUACAGCUAAAACUGGAAGACAUGCACUCCGCUUCUGCUGAAUCACUGUGACUUGAUAGAAACGGUCAUACACGGUUUUCCUAGAGGCGCCUCAUGUGGCUUGCCUGCCUACUCCUCAGAAGUAUUACGGGCCCUACACGGCAUGUUAAGGAAAUUCAAGAUCAAAUAUCAUACAGACUGAGAACUUGUAUGAAAGACCCAGUUAGCAUACAUGUGUAGUCUAUGUGGUGUUUUGAUGAGUGAGGAGUUUUUCAUAUAUUUCCAUUAGCCAUAUUUAUAACAUGGCCCAAAUGUAUAAUCUCCAAUAUUCAAUAAUGUGACAGGAAAGAGGAACACCUGUCCUUAACUACGUCUGAGGCAUUCUUCCUCCUCAUGUUUAAUGCUAUUGGAAUGUUUUGUUCUGCUUUCAGAACCUCAUUUACUUGAUUUGAAAACCCCCGCAGCAGAAGUGUACUGUGUCUUAACAAACCUUUUUUGUUACUUUUUUUUAUUAUUUAUAGUAUGUUUAUGCCAAUUUGUUUAUUUGUGUUCCAGGUAAAAGAAACCCACGCAAGACAUAGAGAUGACAUCGGACAGCAGAGCCAGCAAAGCACUGAAGGUAAAGAGGGAGUGCGGCGAGAACAUGCCUGUGAUGUCGGACGGCGACCUGAUGUCCCUGUCGGUGCGCGAGCUCAACCUGCUCCUGCGCGGCCUCUCGCGGGAUGAGGUACAGAAGCUGAAGCAACGGCGACGCACGCUAAAGAACCGCGGCUAUGCCGCCAGCUGCCGCGUCAAACGCGUGUCGCAGCGCGAGGCGCUUGAGCAACAGAAGAAGGAGCUGCAGCGCGAGGUGGAGCGCCUGGGCGCCGAGAACGCCGGCAUGCGUCGCGAGCUGGAGGGCCUCGGCGCACGGCUGGCUGCCCUGCAGCGUUUUGCCCGCGGCCUCGAGAGUGAUGGGGUGGCGGCAGGGGGCGGUGGAGCCCUGCUCGCCAUGGCGCCACGCCUUAACACUGCCUCCGUCAUCACCAUCGUCAAGAGUCCGCAGCAGCCACAGGCAGCGUCCAGGGAACAGGGGGGAGCCUCGUAGGGUCAGGUCUCUCUUUCCCUCCCUCACAUAAACACAAACAGACACACACACAUCCAGUCACUCUUGUUUUAUUCACUUUUAUGCACUCACAAAUGGGACUGAAACGCUAUGACUGACUGACUUGGGGAGAGGCAGCGUGAUGCCCAUAGUCAGUGACACAAGUAUUUUCUUUUUCUUUUUUUUCUCUCCUGAGAGCCUCUUUCACACGCACACUUGUAGUUGCAGGGAUACAGAGACCCACAGGACAAUAGAAACAGUCAACUACUGUGAUAGAAACUCAUUUGUUGAAGUUACUCAGUACAGUAGACUAUUGUCCCAGACACGUCUAUGGUCAACCUAGAUGUAUCCCAAUGUGAUCACUCUUAGGGGGCUCUAAUGUGCUUUAUAGGGAUUUCACUAAAAUAUGCUUCCAUGAAAAUUGUUUGCCAUUGAGAGGGUGUAUGAAAAACAGAGCUCAUUUGAACUUGACCAUUGAAACAUUCCAUGCAGAGGGGUUUAUCUUUUAAAAAGACAUUUAGAAACGACCCCCUCAAAAACAACUUUGAAAUAACACAUUCAACCAUUUUUUUAAAAACACCAUUUGACCAACCCCAACAAGUGGGUUGGAAACCAUUCUCCAAAAAUGUAAGUCUUUGUGACGUGUUCCACGAAUGUCAGACAGGAUACCAUGAGAAAGCAUGGAGACGGUUUCAGUGCUAAUGACUUCAUUACUCAGCAUUCACAAAGCUAGGGCUACAAGGUCUGUUCGAAUUAAGAUUUUAUUUAAUUCCUUAGACAGUCAGCUUAUACUCUUUGGUCCUGCAUUGAUGAGCAAAGUGUCUGUGGAUAUGCUCUGCACCCUGGCCGCUUCCACCACAAGACUAAACUCUGGUCCACAAACUGUUGGUUAACAUCUGUUGUACUUCACUGUGUUACCAGUAUAUACCUUUCUCUCUAUAUAUAUGUGUGUGUAUUUAUAUGCAUAACAUGAAUACAUGUUUAGUGUGAAGUGUACUGCAGUGUGUGCUAGCAUCAAGUGCAAGCUAGGCUAACAUCUGUGACUUUCAACUAAGUGCUAGUUGGCAAGUUUUGCUGGAACCACAUAGUAAGGGUCCCAUAGAAUGCGGUGUCAAUGCAAGUCUAUGGAUACAUUCCUUUUUAUUAUCAUGUUGUAAUGUUUGUACAAAAAGAAAAGACAAAAAUGUUCGGUGACAUUUAUCAAGAGUUAUUUUAUUUGUAUUUAAAAAUAGAGAUGACAAAAGCUAACGAGUGCUGUGAUGUUUAAGUCCAAAUACUGAAGUAUGCGCCUGUCUUACGUUGGGGUAUGAUAUUAUUUUUGUAAUGUUUAACUAUUGUAAUAAGCAGUUUUGAUGUCCCUAGGCAGGUGUUCCAGUUGCUUUAAUUAUGGUUUUGUGUAUGCCUGGAUAGUUAUAUUUGUACUAAUGUCAUUAGUAUUUUAGUGGUAUUUGUAUUUAAAGAUCAGGGUGAAUACAUUAUUUAUGAUUUUGAAAGUGAUUUUAAGAUAUUUUCAGACAAAGUGGGAGAGAGUGUAGCUCAUACCCUCUACAGGAGAGCAAGAGAAGAAUGAGACAAGGAAUGGAGAUUAAGAUGAUGGACUAAGAAAGGAUAAUGUGAGGAGUGAGUAGAUGGUGAAGGAAUGUGGUGAUCAAGGUAUGAUGAAGGGAGUCUUUGGAAGUUUAGGACCUGUUUAGUGAUGUUGAGGGGGGGGGGGGCAAAGAGGAAAAGAAUUGGGUUGUAAGUCACAGCUAACCGAAGCAUGUCAAGAUGGCCCUUAAAAAAACACCAGUCAUGCUAACUUAAGCUGUUAGGGGCAUUUCAAAUGAUUGGGUAACAGUUAACGAUUUUACAGUAUAUUUGAUAUUUCUAAUUCAUUGCGAAAACACUUCCUCAAAAAUAUUUAGAGAAUUAGUUAGCAAUACUGAGAAACAUUUAGCCUUAUAUGGGGUUUGUCCAGUGGAAUACCUUAGCUGCUGAAUAUGAGUUUGGUCAUUUGGUGUUUAAUGUUUAUGAUUUAAUACCCCAAAUAGAAUUAGCUCAUCCAUCUCAUUUGCUUAUUUUUGUUGUUCUUGAAACUGCUGGAUGUUUUGUAUUGUAAAACAAAAAACUGUGUCAUUUGUAUUUAUUACGUAUAUUUUUUCUAUAGUAAAAAUGAAAUACAUUGUCUAUUUUAUACAUAAAUUGAAAUAAAUGUUGUAUAUAUUGUACAUAAA